GAAAAAUCUGAAAAUUGUUUGAAAACGUCAAAGUUUUUCUAUUCAUCAACAAGUCUUUACAGAUUGAUUACAAAUGGCUCACCAUGCGUUUAGAGCACGUACUGUUAUGGUUGGUCCCCAAGGUCCAAUAGUAGCAUAUCAAAAUUUAAUGAAAAUAAUGAGUGUGGAAGGGCUUACACGUCAGGUGCAAUUACAACGUCGGUAUGAAAAACCAACUGUAAAGCGUCAUCGUCUAGCAUAUGAAAAAGCUUUGUACACUUACAAUACAAGUAUGAAUGCUAAAAUUAAUCUUCUUAUGAGAGGCCAUCGAACUGAAUAUCCUUGGAGUUAAUUAUAAUUUAAUAAAUUCAAAAAUUAUUGA